CCAUGUCGUUGUAGGGUGAAAUUUAUUAAAAAGAAAAUUAAUGUAUACCAUGCCUUUCUAAACUCUAACCAUCACUAUAAGUGUGUUUUGUAGGAUAUUAAUUCAAUGUAAAUAAUUUACAACUUUUCGAAUCAAACAGUUUUCAAUUCUUGUCGAAUUGAUCUUCAUUGUCGCUUUAUACAUAUUUUUAUGCGUGUGAGUAAAACGAUGAAAGAGCUGUAAAUAGUUAUAACGUGUUGCAUGUAGAGGUUAAAUAACGAAAGCAAAUUUCCUACAUAAUUAUAAUCCAAAUUUGUCUGGCAAUGAUUCGUUGCAGAAAUAUUUUUGUAAAAUUGAAACUGUUAAUAUUGAAUAAUAAUUAACUUUUAUGAUGUACCCGCUUAUGUAAAGUGCGCAUUGUAUAUUUAAGACAAAUAAACACAGCUCUAGUAUGUUUUCCGUUGCAGCCGUUAUUUACACUAAGACGCAGUGCAAGCGAUUUUUCAAAUAUUAAGAGUUAACGUUCUUUCGUGAAAGAUGGUUGCGCACAUUCUCUUAUUUUUUCUUCUAAUUGCAGCUUGCAAUGCGUUGAAUGAGUCUUGUAGUUUUUUAAAAAAAUGUAACAACACGUACCUUCGUGUGUUCUAUGGUGGUAACCUCCGUAUUUCUUACUGUGACGAUUGUUGCAAACGAUGGUACUUUAAAUUCAAUGGAAAUGAAUGUAGUCCAACAAUUGAAGGCGUCCUCUACAUGUGGAAAGGUAGACUAACACAAAAUAUUCAUCGUCAUCGUCAUAUAGAGGGAUAUUGUGGCAACAUUAACAAUGGUACAGUUAAUGUUGGCUUCUGUGUCGGCGAUUGCAAUCAAGGAAGCGCUGUUUAUGCAAACAGUGGAUGGAAUUCAGUCUCUCGAAUUGUGAUCCAAGAAGUUUCACCCCCUCAGACUUAAGUCUGAACAUUUUGAAGUCCUUACAUCUUGUAAAUUUAUAUUGAUAUUGCAUAAAAAAUGAAGGUAUACAUAAAGAUAGACAUAGAGUAAGACAUAAAUGUAGACAUAUCAGGGUAGAUAAACACGAAGAAAGACACAAAGAUAGAUUGACAUAAAGAUGAAUAAAGGUAGACAUCAAAUAGAUAUAAAUAUAAACAUUAUGACAUAAAGGAGAUGGGUAGAAAUUGUGUGAAAUAGUCACAAAUAUUAUAAAGAAUUCUUACUUAAGAAUUUUUUUUUAAAUAAUCUACUUGAUUGGAAAGCAAAAUACAAAACAUAGAAUACAGUGUGCUUUAAGGUAAAAAAAUUA